GGCCACGAUGCACGUGCUCUCGUAUGCGACGCGUUUUCCGCUGGAGCGCGUCUCUUCCUCGUACUCGACUGUGGCUCUCGGUCUCGUUACGACUGCGACGCACCCUAGCCUCCUUCCUGCUGAAAAAUGCCGCCCAAGCGCAAACGUGCGGACGCCGGUGUCUCGGAAGCUGGCAGCACCUCGACGCGAGCUACUCGCUCCUCCACACGCGCCACAAGGAGUAGAGCAGCCACCGACGAGACGGAAGGAACGCCUGGGACAGACUCGCUCGGAAGUGUAGAGACUGCCCCGCAAGCCAAACGAGUGCGGAAGACGACGACAAAAGCAGCAGCAGCACGGACAUCCGCAAAGCCCAAGGUGCCACCGGAUACCCAGGAGGUGAUAUCCGGUCCCCCUUCCGAGCUAUUUAUGGCUAAUUACGUACAUUCUAGCCACGAGCCGACGUCAGGUAAGUACUGCCUCCUGUCUCCUUUCUGUCGUGUGGGCAGCGAGGCAAGUAACAGUAUACGUCUUAUACCGACCACUCUCGUUCCCGCCGAGUUCAGUCUCGAACUUGGACAGCAGUUCUCGCUUUGCUGUCACGUGGCAGCCCUUACUGUUCAUGCACAUAUCAUCCCUUCUGUGCUGCAUUCCUCACAAAGGCGUCCUCAGUACACAGGAGGCAACAUCGACCACAGCUGCGAUACCCGCAAAACCUGCGAAACCUUCCGCACCGGCUCCAUACUCCGCUGCGUCUGCCAUAUCACUCUUUAAUUCGUACGCCGACCCAGAUGAUCCGACUGUCAUUGGCCCGGAGGGCUUCGAGCGGCUCUGCUCGGACGCGGAAAUCUCGUUGGAAGGCGCUCUACCUCUCAUUCUAGCGUGGCAGUUGCAUGCUAGUGAGAUGGCGAAUAUCACCAAGAGUGAAUGGGAGAAGACUACGUCAGAACUUCGAAUCUCGAACCUGACAUCACUUUCGACUGCCCUCCAUGACUUGGAGGACCUGCUACUCUUGGACAAACCAGCACUGAGACCGCAGGCGGCUGAUCCAUUCCCGGCCAAGAAGAAGUCAGCUGUAUCGUCGCCCGCUUCGUCUGAUCCUUACAAUCGUUCCCGGUACCACGGGUAUACAUCAGACACAAGUAAAGCAUUCAACGAGUUGUAUGCCUUCUGCUUCGCACUCGCCAAGCCACCGUGAGUCCGACCAGUAUGGU